UCUGGUUUCAAGGCCCAUUGUGGGUUUGUUUCGUUCAUGUUUUGACUGGUGAGGCAGAGGCUGGCUCGUCCAUGCUGCAGGGUACCUACGAACGCAGCUUUCCUUCGCUGCAAAGCCUGCAAUAGCAACAAAUAAAUAUAGAAAAGUCAGGGGGGUUGACGUGCUAAUUAAUGACAAGUCAUGGAGUCAAUCAACUAGAUUAUUCUUCCGAAAAGGUCCACUUAUUGUGUUGACGUGAACGGUGAACGAACCCAUGGAGCAGCGCCAAAGCAUGAACCACCACCAAACGCGCAUGGCACUCUUCCAGUCCGACAACAUUCAUCCAGUCCCCAGCAAGCAAGCGUCGACUCACGUUGGCGCCGACACACACGUCAGUCAGUCAUCCCAACGUUCAUUCAGACAAGAACACCGAACUUAGCGUCCGCGGACGUAGUCCUGUGGUCUGUCUACGCACACGCCCUCCCUGGCCACAGCAUGUCAUCCUCAUUUGAACCUCAUCAGCGGCCGUCACCACCACCACCACCAGCCCAAACUGGGCAGCAGCAGCCUAAUAACGCAGGCCAUGAUCGUGACGAGGAUGCCACCGCCGCCGCGUCGUACGAGGCCACACACGUCCACAGCGUCUACAAUGCCAUUGCGCCACACUUCUCCGCCACGCGCCACAAGCCCUGGCCCUUCAUCGCCUCGUUCCUCUCCUCGCUGCCCACUGGCGCCGUUGGCCUAGACGUCGGCUGCGGCAACGGCAAGUAUCUCGACGUCAACCCGGGCCUGUUCCUCUUCGGCUCCGACAGGAGCGACGCCCUCGUCCAGCUGGCCCAGACGGAGCGCAAGGCAGAGGUCGUCGUCGCCGAUGGCCUCGCGCUACCCUACCGCCCGGACAAGGCCGACUUUGCCAUCUGCAUCGCCGUCAUACACCACCUCUCCACCCGGGCCCGGCGGCAGGAGGCCAUCGCCAAGCUCCUCGCGUGCGUGCGUCCCGACGGUGGCAUGGUCCUCAUCUACGUCUGGGCCCUCGAGCAGUCGUCCAGCCGCCGGGGCUGGAACGAGGAUAGUGCCCAGGACACGCUCGUACCCUGGGUCAUGCGCGCCAAAAAGGGGUCUGACGACGCCGACAGGACCUUUCAGCGCUACUAUCACCUCUACCGCGAGGGGGAGCUCGAGGAGGACGUGCGGGCCGCCGGUGGCUUCGUCAAGGAGGCGGGCUACGAGCGGGAUAACUGGUACGUCAUUUGUGAAAGAACAGACAAUGAAAAGCCAGGUUCAUGAUGAAACUUCUCUGUGGUGGGUGCCCACGUUCCGUCGUGCUUCUGUUGCGUGUGACCUUUCCAUGGCUGUCAGAAGCCUUCGUGUAGCCUCCGAUCAGGCAGUGAGCCUUGAAACCUGCGUGAGUCACAACAGAAAACGGGUCACGUCGGUUCUCGGAACGUGCCUGUCGAGUCCUCUCCCAACUCACGCAAACACGCCCACGUACGCCCUGACAAACACCUCG